CUGUCGAGCUUUUGGAGCCAUGCCCUGCUGUAAGCGUACCGAAGCCCGGCGGGUGUGCCGGCCGAUGCCGUCGCUCCUAGCCAGGCUCAACUGUACGCCUUGCAAUCGCGUCCUGUUCUUCGUGAUCGGGGUGGGACUGGGCGUGCUCUUCGUGCGCAACAAGGACGGCAAGAAGAAGUGAGGGUUUUCCACAUGGGCCAGCGGCGUUACCAAGAACCCAAUCCCGUCCAGUAGUUAAUCGACAUCGAGCCACCCGGAACCAUCUGGAAUCACUAUGAAGUUCUCAAGCCUCAACACGGCCAGCGAAGACAAAAUGCCAUUCGAUAAGUUUGUCCGCCGAAGAAUUGGUGAACAAGAAAUUUCUCAGUCGAUAAAUUUAUCAAUAGAGCAAUUUGUCAAUCGAACAAUUACCUACCAUAGUUUCUACGGAUUUCUUCGGUUGAUCUAUUCUCUAUUUCUCUGUUAAAUUAUUAAAUUAAAAUAUAUAAAUUUAUGGCUGUACAGGAA